GGAAUUCCCUGCUACAUGUAGUCAGUCUACUGCAAUUCUUGUUUCAUUAAAGUGCAAAAUAAAAUUAACCGGUUCAGACAUCCUGUCUGUCUCCUUGCGACUGUCAUCGUUACUCGUAGAUCUAAACUUGUCUAGAUUAUAUCCAACAUCCUCGUCUGUGAAACAGACGUUGGACAAAGAUGACAAAAAUAAAGCAUUACUUUUUAUUGGGAUUAGUAUGCUGUAUUCUUUUCGCAGGUGUCCAAGCUUUAGACGACGACGAUGAUGAUGAUGAUGUAAAACUGGAAGAUGAUAUUGGCAAAAGUCGGGAUGGGUCAAGAACUGACGAUGAAGUAGUUCAAAGAGAGGAAGAAGCAAUUAGUCUGGAUGGUUUGAGUGUAGCCCAAAUGAAAGAAUUGCGAGAAAAGUCUGAAAAAUUUCAGUUUCAGGCUGAAGUGAAUCGUAUGAUGAAACUUAUUAUUAAUUCACUAUACAAAAAUAAAGAGAUUUUCCUCAGAGAGUUAAUUUCAAAUGCUUCAGAUGCUUUGGAUAAAAUUCGUUUCCUUUCUUUAACUGAGCCUAAUGCUUUAGCUGCAACUGAUGAGCUGACUAUCAAAAUAAGGGCUGACAAAGACAAUAAAGUACUGCACAUUACAGACACGGGUAUUGGAAUGACUAAAGAUGAACUUGUCAAAAAUUUAGGUACCAUAGCUAAAUCUGGAACAAGUGAUUUCUUAGCAAAACUUAAUGAUGCAAAUACAGUUACAGAGACUAAUGACCUCAUUGGCCAAUUUGGUGUUGGUUUUUACUCAGCUUUUCUGGUUGCUGAUAGAGUUAUUGUGACAUCGAAACAUAAUGAUGAUGAUCAAUAUGUAUGGGAGUCUGAUGCUGAGAGCUUUAGUGUCAUAAAAGAUCCACGAGGCAACACCCUAGGAAGAGGAACUACAAUAAGUCUGCAGCUAAAAGAAGAGGCUCAUGAUUAUUUGGAAGAAAGUACACUCAAAAACCUAGUCAAGAAGUACAGUCAGUUUAUUAAUUUUAACAUCUAUCUGUGGACAAGUCAGGAACAAGAAGUUGAAGAACCAGUUGAUAAUGAAGAAGCAAAGAGUGAAACUAAAGCUGCUGAGGAUGAUGAGGAAGAAGGAAAAGUAGAAGAAGAAGAAGAAAGUGAUAAACCCAAAACCAAAAAAGUCAAGAAGACUGUCUGGGACUGGGAACUUAUGAACAGUGUUAAACCUAUUUGGACUAGAAAACCAGCAGAUGUAUCCGAUGAGGAAUACAAUGCUUUCUACAAAUCUAUUUCUAAAGAAAGCUCAGAGCCCAUGGCUAGGAUACAUUUUACUGCUGAAGGCGAGGUGACAUUUAAAUCCAUUUUAUUUGUACCUUCUACUGCUCCAUAUGAUACUUUCACUAAUUAUGGAAAGAAGGUUGAUCACAUUAAGAUGUAUGUUCGUAGAGUAUUCAUCACUGAUAAUUUUGAAGAUAUGAUGCCAAAGUAUUUAAGUUUCAUUCGAGGUGUUGUGGAUUCUGAUGAUCUCCCCCUAAAUGUAUCCCGUGAGACACUUCAACAGCACAAGCUCCUAAAGGUGAUCAAGAAAAAGUUAGUUCGUAAAGCUUUGGAUAUGAUAAAAAAAAUUGAUAAAGAAGACUAUGAAAAGUUUUGGAAAGAAUUUAGUACUAACAUUAAGCUGGGUGUUAUUGAAGAUACGUCUAACAGGACACGAUUGGCUAAGCUGCUCCGUUUCUUUUCUUCCAAUUCUGAUACUGAGCAAACUUUCCUUGCUGAUUAUGUUGAGAGAAUGAAAGAGAAGCAGGAAGCCAUUUAUUUCAUAGCUGGAACUAGCAGGGAAGAAGUUGAAAAAUCUCCAUUUGUUGAACGACUUCUUAAAAAGGGCUAUGAGGUUUUGUAUCUCGUAGAACCAGUUGAUGAGUAUUGCAUCCAGUCACUUCCUGAAUUUGAGGGCAAGAAAUUCCAAAAUAUUGCAAAAGAAGGUUUGAACAUUGACACAUCAGAGAAAGCUAAAGUAAGAAAGGAAGAACUUGAAAAAGAAUUUAAGCCUCUUCUUGAUUGGCUCAAAGACAGUGCACUUAAAGACCAGAUUGAAAAAGCUUCAAUCUCUGAGCGCUUGACCAAUUCACCUUGUGCACUUGUAGCGAGUCAAUAUGGCUGGUCUGGAAAUAUGGAAAGAAUAAUGAAAUCUCAAGCUUAUGCAAAACAGGGAGAUGCAUCUAAUCAGUAUUAUGCUAAUCAGAAGAAGACUCUAGAAAUCAAUCCAAGACAUCCCUUAAUCAAGGAACUGAAAAGCAGGGUUCAGGCUGAUUCAGCUGAUGACACUGCCAGAGAUCUAGCUAAGGUUUUAUUUGACACUGCAACCUUACGUUCAGGUUAUUCUGUCAAAGAUUCCUUGGAUUUUGCUCAGCGCAUUGAAAGAAUGAUGAAGAUGAGUAUGGGACUUGAUAUUGAUGCACAGAUUGAUCCAGAACCAGAAGAGGAAGAAGAAGCACCAGCGGCUGCUGCUGAUGCAGAAGAAGAAGAAAUUGCAGCUGAUGACGACAAACCAUCUGAUAGUCAGGAUUCUGAAGAUGCAACCAGAGAUGAAUUGUAACACUGGGUCCAUGAUAAUAGCUAGAUGUUGUGUGUGUCACCUCAUGUAAAUCAUCAUUAAUUGAUUUCACCUUUUCAUAUUUGUGCUACAUUUCACUUAGGUUUGGCUGAUGCUCUUCAUUUGGCCUAUUACAUUAUUUUCAAAGAUAGCUGUGAUGUAAGCUUGAUAUAAAUGUUCUUUUUAUGAGUUUAACCAACUUGUGGUAAAAUUUAGUGAGGUCCAACAAGUUUAAUGAGAUGUCAUUUUCUUAAGCUAUUAUUAAGUUGAGCUAUGUUUACUGGAGAAAACGUAAUGAUCAGAUGUUGCUCAUGAAUAGAGAUUCAUCUUUAAGGGACUUAAUGAAAAAAAAAACAACUUACCUAAGGAACACCAUAGUAUUGCUGCUAGAAAGCAUUUGUUUAUAUUAUUUUGUGUUGAAAGUGUAGAUGAAGUAUUAUGAGUGUGAAUGAAGGAACAGUAACUGCCAAACUUCAGAUAGUUUUUUGAUGCAAUCUUUUCCACUUUGAAUGUUUUGUUGUGAUUCUAUCUCACCAUUUAUCAGUCAACAAUCAUGUGCAUGGUGUUUGAAUACACUCAUUCCAAUAUUGGCUUCUCCACAAGUUCUAUUGUUGAGGUAAAAGCUAUAUACUCAACUUAAGUAUUUCUAAGGGAACUAAUGCUCUGGAGAAGUGCUCUGUUUACUAUCUUGGCUUUGAAAGCUAUGAUGAUUGAUUGAAAGCAUGAUUGUGUAUUGAUUGGAAUAACUGCAUUGUGAAUGUCAUUUUAAUUGUUAAUAUUACUAUGAAUUUGUUAUUUUUCAAAAGUUAUAAUAAAUAAAAUGUGUUUGUUUUUUAUUCUU